AUGGACAGUCAGAACAUGCUCACCGGGAAGGUGGCUGCUGCUGUUAUUGGGUUGGCAGUAUGUGGAAUGUUUGUCAUACAGGGUGGAGAAACUCUAGGCUCAACCAGCAUCGGGUUUCCAACGUGGAGGGAAACUGGACUGCUUGGUGCUCCAGCACGGGUUAUGAUCUGCAUUACCGCCGGGCUUUUCCUCCUCGCCGGGGUCUGGCUGUACAGGCUGCUCUACUCCCCCCUGGUGCUGCUCCGGGCGCCCGAUGAUGUAGGGUACAUCGCAGAAGACGGUCGCUCCAAGGCACGGGCUGCAAACGAAGUCCGCCGCAGGAGGAAAAUUGGUGAUCUGCCUCCGGUGUACCCAAACGGCUGGUACCGAGUGUUGGACUCACACAUGCUGGAGAGGGGCGAGGUCAAAAAUGUCUCAGUUCUAGGUGAGCAGUUGGCAGUGUUUCGGGGCGAGGAUGGGAAGGCCCACGUGAUGGAUGCCUACUGCCCUCACCUGGGUGCCAACCUGGCUGUGGGAGGACGGGUUGUGGGAAACUGCCUAGAGUGCCCGUUUCAUGGAUGGCAGUUUCGGGGUGAUGAUGGCAAAUGUGUGAAGAUCCCCUAUGCAGAAAAAGUGCCAGAGUUUGCCAAGGUGAGCUCCUGGUACAGCCGUGAGGUCAACUCUCAGAUUCUGGUUUGGUUUCACUGUGAUGGAGAAGAUCCUCACUGGACCAUCCCAGAGCAGCCGGAGAUUACAAAUGGCGAGUGGGUCUAUCGAGGGAGAACUGAACAUUUUAUCAACGCUCACAUAGAGGAGAUCCCUGAAAAUGCAGCAGAUGUUGCUCAUCUGGGUCACCUUCACACACCAGGCAUUGUCAGUGGAGUAGAUCUGCGCUACACAAACAGCAAAACCUGGGAAUUUGUGCGACAUGACUGGAAGGCUCAAUGGGAACCAGAGUCAGAGCCCAAUAAGCAUUGCUCGCAGAUGCUGGUGAAACAUUCCCUAACUGUGUUUGGAUGCCACUGGUCUCUGCUGGAUGUUAAUGUUGUGGCCAGACAGGUAGGACCAGGAGUAGUGUUUCUGCAGUUUGACCACAGUUUCUUGGGCAGGGGUGUAAUCAUGCACUGUGUGACUCCAGUGGAGCCUCUGUUGCAGUGUGUAUCCCACACUAUCUUCUAUCAGUCCAGCAUCCCACCUCUGGUGCCCAAAUUCAUCCUCAAAGCAGAGAGCAUUCAGUUUGAGCGGGAUGUGAUGAUCUGGAACAAUAAGAAGUACAUCUCCAAACCACUUCUCGUGAAGGAGGAUUCAGCCAUCCAGAAGCACAGGCGCUGGUACAGCCAAUUCUACAGUGAGAACAGCCCGCGGCUGCAGUACCAGCACGACACUUUAAACUUCUGACCUCCCUGAACAGCGAGGCGAGAGGGUUGUCAUUAAUCAGACGUUUCAGAGGGGGGAGU